CCACAUUCACACGGGUGCAACUGAUGUGGAACAUACCUGCGAGCUGAGUAGUUAGCCAUAGCACCGCGGAGGAAGGAAGCAUGAGCGUUCUAGCACGACCGUCUCAACAACGUUGUCGUUUUAAGAGCUGUUCUACCGUUCCAAUUGCUACUAACAAAUUCCCUACCACCCGCUACGCACAGUAUGAGUCGGCGCGUCAGAACGUUCGCCGAUAGCGACCGCCAUACAAAUCCGCUCCUGGACGCUUCGUGGAAGCGCGUGGACACCUUUCGCGAAGAAGGACCUCAACGCAGCCCUGAGCGACUGAAAGGGAGCCCAAAUGCUGUGAUCGAUUCAAGGGAGGACGAGGGAGUCGUUCGAGCUGCUGAUGAGGUAGACGAAACGGAUGCGGACAGCGAUCUGCAAAAUGAAGGUCGCCGUAUGGAUGCUAAAGGUCCAGAAUCGCGGGCUUCGCAUUCACAAGAUCCUGAAGCAGAAGAAAAUGAAGCGUGGGAAUACGAAGAGGAUGAGAUAUAUGUGACUUUGGACCUCGGCAAGCCUGGCCUGCAGCAAAUCGCGUCGGUCGACUGCGCUAUCACAGGCCUGGAUACCGACACACCUUGGUUAAAACUUGGCCGUACCCUGUAUAAAGGAGAGUGGCACGAGCUAUACGGGUCGGAGAUUCUCUUACACGACGCAAAGAACAGUUACGGGCAGCGUGAGCUUAGGCCCUUGGCGAGCGCAACAACCGUCACCAAGCAAACCCAAGGGCCGUCCAUUACCUCGCAUCGCAUACUUUUCACACCAGUACGCCGUGCAGAGAGCAAGUCAGUGCAAGAGACGACACGGGCAGCUGCGAAUCAUCUGGCAGAGUUCAAGCAUUUCCCCGGGCUAGCGGUCCAUGAUGCGUCGACAAAGCAGCCGAAGAAGCCGAUGUCGGAAAUGACAUAUGCAGAGAAAUGGCAGGAUGUGCUCGACAAGGCUCUUGCGCGUAGGGAAAAGGCAGCUGCCAAAGGCCGAUUAGAUCCCGUCAGAUCGACAAGAGGCAUUGGUCCCUACUCGAGAAAAAUGCCAGAGGUCGCCGAUGAUGAUAAUGAGUCUGGUCAGUCGAACAACGGCGCUGGUCUUGGUUGGUCCGAGAUCGACCAUAAGACGGAUAGUGCAGCAUAAGAAGGCUGAGCACAACCAGCACGACGGGUGACUCGGACGAAGAUACAGGAGGACAUGGUGUGCCUGGAUGAUAUGCGUGUAAACGUGUAUAGUACAAAUGUAGCAUAAGCGCUCGCGAUAAACAGUG